GCCCUCCUCCUUAAAGGGGCCGCGUCCCGAACCGGGCCGGUGUUCGGCUGCUCAGGUCUGGCCCGCCCGUCCCGUUCGGCACGCAGAGCUGGGGCUGCGCUGUUUUUUGCGCCGUUGUUAUGUACUGCCUGGUGCGCCUGGGCCUGCUGCGGCCACCAGCGCUCCCGCGCAUCCCCCCGACCCGCUUCCCCAUGGCCACCGUCCCUUCGGGUUUGGGCUGCGGUCCCCGACCCGCACGGGUUGGUCUGGGUCCGCCGCCGCCUCUGGUAACGCUGCGAUCCGCCGCCGGUACCUCUCCCAAGGAUGCAGGUGUAUCCCCAGAAAAGACAACCACAGAUCCCAGUGGUGAAAACAAGAAACUCAACAAAUCCCAGCAGCUGAAACAAGUUUUUAAAGAAUAUGGUGCUGUAGGGGUUUCAUUCCAUGUUGGAAUUUCAUUAGUAUCUCUAGGAAUCUUCUACCUGGCUGUGUCAAGUGGUGUGGAUAUGACUGCAGUUCUCUUCAAACUUGGUUUCUCUGAAUCAUCCUUGCAGUCUAAGAUGGCAGCUGGUACAAGCACAUUUCUCCUGGCAUAUGCUGUUCACAAAUUGUUUGCUCCAGUAAGGAUCAGCAUCACAAUCAUUUCUGUGCCAUUUCUUGUCCAAUACUGCCGGAAGAUUGGUUUCUUCAAACCUCCUGCCCCAAAGCCAUGAUGAUUUCUUCCUGGGUUUUACUGUUUUUUAAAUGUCCUAUAUCCAUGUAGCUUUUCAGAUUGUGAAAUUUCUUUAAAAGACUUAUUUGGAUUCAUUUUAAUGCUGAUCUACUCUUGCAUUCCCUCCUUGUUUUUUCAGGUAAAUGGUACACUGUGAGAAGUACUGUCCUUAUCUUCCUUCCCUUUUGCCACCUCUUCUUUAGAAAAAAACAAAACUGUUAAAUGCUAUCUGCUUUCCACAGCAAGUAGUAAUACAAAUAUCUGACAGGGAGCAGUGAGUCUUUAGAAGCCACAGUUCUGGGUCUUAGAUCUAGCUUUUUCAGCCUUAAUUUUUUACUUGUCAAAAUAGAAGAGUUUAUUGCUGUAUAGCUGGGAAACAAAAUAAGAUUCUCAAGUCUGUGGAAUAAACAGUAUCCUACUAUGUGAAUAGUUCUUUUGGUAAGUGUAUAUAUUGGAAUCUAAGGUGGCAGGUGAAUGUUUCUUUUGUUAUAAAAGGCAUAUAUUAUGACCCCAGUCUUGCAAUUGCAAUACUAACUUAAGUAAGAGUACCUGUGUACUUAAUCAUUGCACAGCAAUUAUUGUUUUAGCCAGAAUGAAACAUGCAGUGUUCUAAAACUAAAGCUCCUUUGUGGUGCUUCUAGGUUUCAAGAUUUUAUUGUUUGAAAAUGUUUUUUUAUUUAUAGGCUAAGAACUGGCAUUACUAAAGUCCUUUUUUUAUUUUUUUUUAAUUUUUUUUAAUUUUUAUGCCUAUAGACUCAGAAGGAAUCCUUAGUCAGCUGAAAUCAGUGUAACCAGAAUUACCUCCUAUAUGAACAUAUUCCAGAGAUCAAGUCAGAGGCAAGGUAUCUGUGGGGUUUUAAUGUAUUGAGAUCUGGCUACUGAAGACAUUUUAAUCUGAAAAAUAAUCUUUGCAACUUGCUGAUUCUGUAGAUGAAAAUCUGCACCUCAAGUACAGAUAUUACAAGUUGUAAUUUCUCAAGAGCAAUUCUUGUGGUUUUGUCAGACAAAUGUAUCAACAAGAGGUGCUUUUCAUUUCCUUAUUGGACACUUCCUAUUAAAAUGUAAAUUCUAAUGCAGAUAUUCACACCACAUUUUGGUUAACCUUAAGACUGAACCCCCAGACUAGGUAGAGUCAAUGUAACACUCUGGCAAACCCUGGUUUCAGGGUAAGAACUCUGCUUCUGUGAGAUAGCUCAAGCCAGAUGCAUCAGCCUUUUGGACCUCUGCCUUCUUCCAGGUCUGCUCAUUUUAGUCUUUGUGCUCACACUUUUCCCAAGGUGGCUCUGACACUGAUCUGUUCAUACAGGAAUCUUAUUAAAGUAAAAUAGCAGGAAACUACCCUGCUGAUCAGAAUAGUUUUACUUUUUUUUUUCCCUGAAGCUUAAUGAAUUGAGAGGAAGGAAUCACAUGAUUAGGAUGAGAAGUGGCUAAGGAAAGGAGGAGCAAGUAAUUAACCCCUUGGUUAAUUGAAGUGGUUUAAGAGAUGUGGUUUAUUUGAUCUGUUAAGAGAUGACCACCUGAGAACAAAAAACUUUUUGAUGAGGUCAUAGUUUCAGUGAGGCUGUGCUGUUAGCUCAGAUGAGGGUUCAGUGUCUUAAGAUGAAGUUACAGCAGUGAGCAGGUACACAUAGUAGAGGCUUGAUGUAUACAAACAUAGCCAUAUGAUAUAAAUGUACAAAUUCCAUAAUUAACCACUGCUCAAAGUACCAGCUUCAGAAGCAGGGCACACUGAUAAUCAGCCUUGCAGUGUGGUGUGGCUUCCCUGGGAGCUGUAAACCACAUCACUUAUGUCAUCCUCAGCUCCUUGGGUUUGCUUGGCAAAUGUGGAGCCAAUGCUCUGCUGCUUCCUGAUACCCACGUAUGCACAGGAAAGGGCUCUCAAGUUAAUUUUGACUGGCUGCUUAAUUAAAAAUAGAAUUUUUUUCUUUCCCUGCCUGCUUUGCAGUAUGGCUGCUAAAGCUGGCAAUUUAUCUAGACUCCUACCUUCAGCUUGCUGCUGGCUGAGGCAGCUCUUAUUAGAGCAUAAAUCUCAAACCAGCUUGUCCCUCUGCUUUUACCCUUGAUGUAUACUAAAACUAUGUGAUAAAUAUGCCUCCUCUGUGGAUUAAAGCAUACUGAGUUUUUGAUAGUCGGUUUUGGGGUUUUUUUUACCUAUCUACACAGCAGUUGAAGGGUAACUAUAGUAUGACAACAUGCAACCCAACUACUGUAUACUUUUCUGUGACCUACUACAUUGUAGAACAGCUGGAGUCUCACAUUUAAGAGUGAGUCUUACUUGCAUUUGUCUUUUACCCAGUUCACAGAAGCCUGUGACUGUGUUCUCCAUGCAUCUUUAAACACACCCUUAUCAGCUAAGGGCAAUGUUCUGUUACCAAGGACAGCAAAAGAAUUCCAGAAUAAUCAAAGGCAUCCUUGUUUUCUUCAUUUAAAGAGACAUUUCUGAUAUGUUAUGUUCUGUAGUUCAUAAGAGAUCCAAGCUUUUGUUUCUUUCUCAAAACAAGAAACAAUCUUUCUGUAAAGCAGGAAUCAUUUAAAGCAAAUGCACCUAAAACUUAAGUCACCAGCACUAGCUAGAGCUUUUCUUGCAGUAAAGAAACAGCUACAUUUAAGUUAUGACCAGAAUUUAAUUACCUACUAAAAGAGAAAUAUGGUUGUAUAAACUACUGGCAGCUUGUUUAAAUGAAGUUUUGCUAAGUAUAUUUUAAAUUAAUUUGAGAUUAUAUUUUGAAUUCUAGAAUCCUUGCUUGUAAAAGGAUAAUUUUUAAAUGUUUUGUAAAACAGUGGAGAUGACCUUAAAGUCUUAUAAUGAAAAUACAAUAAAUUGCUUUCUCU